AUGCGAAAAGAUGGAAGCAGUACAAGUGCAAGUGCUUCUAAAGGGUGCAACAGCCGGCCCAGAGCACGAGCACCUCCACAGCAGGCGAGGCUUCGCGCUGCUGUGCGCCUUCGUCCGCUCACGAAUGGCAAGGCUGAAGCUGUUAGCGUGACGGCAUCGGACCCACGGAAUGGGCCCGCUACGUGCCGGCGUCAUGCAGCAUCGUCUGCAGCGCCUUUCCUAGGACACCUUGCCAGCCCUCAGCCCAGCGUGUGUGGAGCGCCCGCCGCCAGCCUGCCGCGACCGGACUCACGUCACGAACUCGGCAGUAUCUACGAGAUGCCGCCCGGGACCGAGCCUGUCGACGAGGGCGUCCCACCCCCAAUAUAUCGCGAUGACGAGAACGAGCAACCCUUCUCAGACGAUUCCACUGCCGCCCAUGCGACCCUCGUAGACGCUUCCGAAGCUUCCGACGAAGAGCAACUCACGCAGAAACCCUCCUCCGCGAGCAAAUACAUUCCCCCGCCGUUGCAACGCGCUUGGAAAGCUACCAAGGCGUGGGUCAAGGGUCCACAGCCUCCGCGACCUUGGAGCAUCCGACCGCUCUUUCCUCGUGUACAGCGCGCGCCCAUAAACCUGCUGGAUCGUUACUUCCCAAAGCGCAAGCACAAAAUCGCCCUAUUGGUUGUCUUCUAUAUUGCAUGGUUCUUGAGCUUCUCGUUAGUUCUGCAUCGAUCUGCGUUCGCCGCAGACAUUCCCGGCUACGGUUCACCUGUCAACAUUCGGUGCACCGACAGGCUAUGGAGUGAUGCGAAUAGCUGUGGUCUUAAUGGGGACCAGUGCCGACCAUUCGCCAAUCAGACUAUAGCUUUCAGAUGCCCCGCGAACUGCAAGCGGACACAAGUGCUCAACCCUCACGCAGUGGGCGCUAAAGAGAUCAACUACAGACCGCUGGUAAUAGGCGGCCCGACCGAUGAGGAAGAGACACUGGAGAAUACCUACUACCGCAGCGACUCGUUCAUAUGCGGAGCAGCUAUCCACGCCGGUUUCAUCAGCGACAGAUCUGGCGGAUGUGGCGUUCUCUCUUUCGUUGGCGAAAGGAGUUACUACCCCAGCGUCAACCGUAAGCACAUCAAGAGCAUUGGCUUCAAUUCGUACUUCCCGAGGUCAUUCGGCUUUCUGGAGGGCACUCACUCCAAGUGCCAAGACCUGCGAUGGCCCCUCUUAGGUGUAUCGUUGACCUUCACCAUCCUCUUGUCUUUGUUCACAAGUUCGCCCGCAGUGUUCUUCCCGUCCAUGUUCCUAGGCAUCUUCUUCCACGUCGCGCUUGCAUCUGAUCCUCCAAAUCUUACCGACUACUAUUCUAUUGUCAGCAUCGCUCUCGGUCGGCUCUUACCUGCCAGCUUCUGCAUGUUCGCCGUGUAUAAGUUCUUCGUGAGGAGGACGCUGCUUGGGUUGGAUGCUCAGGUCGAGAAAACCAUUCUGUGGCUGGGAGGCUGCUGGGUGGGAGCUCUCAACAACUACACCUUUGACAAAAUUCCUAUCGAGCGGUUGACUCCUCACGACAUCAAAAACCAGCCUGGAGCUGUCCCUGCCCUGAUCAUCAUCGUACUGACCCUCCUUUGCAUCGCGAUCGGGCAGGCCUGGUGUCUUCGUGUCGAAGGACGUCUACCUCGAUAUCUCGCUCUCUACGGCAUCUACGUCGCUGUUAUACUGAUCUUGGUUGCCAUCCCUCGUAUGAAUGUCCGCAUUCAUCAUUAUAUCCUCGGCCUACUCUUGGUCGGCGGAACGUCCAUGCAGACAAGGCCCAGUCUGCUCUUCCAAGGUAUUCUCAUCGGUCUGUUCAUCAACGGCAUCGCACGCUGGGGUUUCGACAGUAUCCUGCAAACGCCGGCUGAAUUGCGUGGCGACGGGCAGUUAGGCACAACCCUUCCCACUAUCACUGCACCCAUCCUUUACAACAACAUUGGUACGGGUCUCAGGCCGAACAUCACUUUCGAGUGGGCGCUCCCGCACCCAAAGCACUACGAUGGCAUCAGUAUAUUGGUCAACGAUGUAGAGCGCUUCCGUGGUUACGAAGACGCGAGUGAAAGCUCCUUCACUUGGGUACGCCACAUGGAUGGUGUACCAGAGUACUUCCGUUUCGCUCUCUUGGACGGUAGUGCGCGUGGCGACUACACCAAGGCUGGAACGUGGCACAGCGACGGUAGCUGGAAGCAGAUGGCGGCUGGGCCCUCGUAGAAACCUUGUAGAAACCCGCGAUACAUCGUUACCCAACGGUGCGGCGUUCGGAAAUACGCUGAAAGGUGUUCAUGCUGGGUAGUGCUCUGCGAGACUACGUUGCGAUUUGGAAGGACAUGGAUCUGGCCAGUGGUGGUGCCUGAGGUUUGAACACUAACGGGGGCUUGGUACAUUCCCGCGGGCCUGGAGCUGGGACGCGCCAUCGCACCUCGAUCAUGGGAAACCCUCAUCGCGCUCAUCUAGGCCCACAGAUAGAAUCUCAUCGCAUUGCCCCGCACGCGGGACAGAAGACUAGAAGUGUU